GCCCUUUAUUGUGCUGUUUCGCCGCCGUUCAGCCAGACUUGUGAAGAAGCUUGUUCUGAUUUCCGUCCACACCAAACCAAAGGAUGCUGAACAUGAGCUGCGUGCUCUUCAUAAUGUGGUCCAAGAUGCAAGAAGGAGAUGGGGCACUAAUAGCAUCAUGAUUUUGGGGGACUUCAAUGCAGAUGGACGUUACCUGUCAAGUACUAAAAGGACAAACAUCAGAAUGAGCUCUCGUCCCUACUUUUGGUUGAUAGAUGAAGACGCUGACACCACUACUAGUGACCUUAAUGACCAUACAUAUGACAGGAUUGUUGUGUUUGGAAAGAGGAUGAAUGACGCAGUUGUUCCUGGCUCUGCAAAGCCUUUCGACUUCAAAAGAGCGUACCGCCUAAAUUAUGACACAACUCGAUCCGUCAGUGACCACUACCCCGUGGAGGUGGAGCUUCGGGACAAUUAACGUAUGAAGAAUAGUAGAAAAAAAGCUUUAUUUUUAAAUUGAGAACCUGCCUUGAAGUGAGAUAGCAAACAAAUUUCACCCCCAGUUUUAAUCAGGAACCAUGUAUGUGUCUUAUAUGUGUAGUUAUAUAACGGUUCAUGUUAAAAUAGUUUUUGCUGUCUUUUUUUCAUAUUAUGUGCAAUUUUAUGUCAAAGAAGAGUAAAUGAGGCACUCUGCCUUUUAGUAAAAUUAACAACUGUGUUUUUGGAGGAACUUCAAAGAAAAAAGCAGGAUUGAAUUGAUCCCCUGGGUUUCAAUCAACCAACACAAUGGCAAAUAAACCUUUACAUCCACGCA